UUCAAAUUUUCAGCCUGGCCGCCCGUGGAAAUGCGAUGCGUCAGCUUCUUCUCACAUUGUCGCUAAUUUCAGUGUCGGCAAGUGAUGCAACUGUGAAAUGUGAUGAUUUAGACCCAAAUCAAUAUCUAUGUAAAAACUACGCUGUGGACACAAUUACCCAACAAUCCGUGACAUGUGCCGCUGAUAAUUCGAUUCAAGUGAUGUGUGAGACGGCGGAGCACAUAAAAUGCGUUGGAAAGGAUCAAUUCGGAAUUUUUAAUCGAACUGUCCCCAGCGCUUGUCAUUACGGAGCCCAUGUCAGCUACACCACAACAGUACUUUUAUCGAUUUUUCUCGGAUUUUUUGGAAUUGAUCGGAUUUAUCUCGGGUAUUAUGCGUUAGGUCUCAUCAAAAUGUUCUCACUUGGCGGUCUCUUUGUGUUUUGGCUUGUCGAUAUCAUUCUUAUAAGCCUACAAUUACUGGGCCCGGCCGAUGGUACGGCCUACGCUAUGGCUUAUUAUGGCCCGAAGGCCCAAAUGAUAAGGUUCGACAGUCACACCAACUUCUCGUUCUACACCUGCGAUGGAUGUCUGUAAUUUUCUUUUUUUUUCACUUUUUCUUGUCAAUAUUGCACACUAAAUGAACAUUCCUGUACAUUUUCUU